AUGGAGAUCGAGCUCGCUUAUGGUGAAUCUCGCGGAUACUGGAAACAUUAUUCACCCGGGAAGUGGUUCAAACAAGCGAAAGCCGUUGGCAGGAUCAACAACGUAAAAGCUACUCUGUUAUUUGAUUCUGGUGCUGAAGUGUCGAUCAUUGACACCACCUUUGCUCGUGAGGUCGGUUGCAAUAUUGACGAAAGUCAACGACAAGAAUGUAUCGGGAUUGGAGAAACUCCGUACAUGACGGUAGGACGUACCAAGAUCAAGGUGACCCUCGCGGGAUCGCUGGUAUACUAUUUCAAUGUAUGGGUAGGCGAUCUGGCAGGGCAAGAAGCGAUUCUGGGUAUGGAUUUUAUGGUGCCUGCUGGAGUGCGGCUCGAUCUAGCGGAUGGCGCGCUAUGUCUACCAGAAGAAAUCCGCAUUCAUCUUGCAGGACGUCGCCCCGCGUACGGAUCGAAGAUACAACAUAUAACGGCGAAGGACCAACACGUGGUGAUCCCGGUCGGAGAGUCAAGGGAAGCGAAGAUCGGGAUCGGAGGGGCUAAGAUGAAGUUGUGGGUCGCUAGAGGACUAGAUUGGGUCCCCACUGUGAUCUCGGGGUGGGGUAAGACGAAAUACCUGCAGGUGACCAACAUUGGCGACCGGGAGAUCAUACUGCCCACCCACACUAUAUUAGGCAUGUGGGUCGAAGGCGAUAUGGUACCGCGGACCCAAGGUUUGGUGACAGUCGGGUCGGGGAAGUACAAGGAAUGGCAAACUCUGGCAUAUGAGGCUACAACGGAUCGAGUGAACGAACUCCCGAAAGAACCGAUCGGACCAUUGGUAGAUCGUCCUACGUAUGCCGCUCCCAAAUGCAUCUUGAAACGUCCGUCUGAUGCGUUACAGAACCUGUCUCCGGCGAUCUCCACGGUAACGCCGCAAGCUAACGAUGACGAUUCGCAAAAUGCAGAUGCUGUAGUUGCGAGGGAAGUAACGGUCAGGGGAGCCGAACUAUUGCGGAUGGAGAACGGUCAUGAGAUCGGUACCCAACAUGCAACGAAAGGAGACCGCGACACCGGUCAAGAAGGGCUACGUGACAGAUCGUCUCUACCGAAGGCUGAGCCGACUGACCGACUGUUGAAAUUGGGCCAGCCGGAAGAGACGAAGGAGCCUAAAGAAAAAAUAAUGCUAAAUACUGAAGACGUCGAGAUUGCAGAAAUACCAGUUUAUCACCACGAGAGCGGAGAUUUGUUUGCGAAAGAUAUCGAGCAGCAUAUGGCCGUGCUACCAGAGAUGUCGGCGACUACGGAAGAAGUUACGAUUGAGGACAUUCAGAUCGGUGAUCCCGAUGUGCCUCUCACCACAGAUCAACAACGGCUCAGAUCGCUGACCUGGAAGAGCCGUCACCUCCUCAUGGGUAAAGGUAAUGCUCUACCACCUGCAGCACGAGGCGCGAUCUGUGAUAUUGAUGUCGGUGGGGCAGCACCGAUAGUGCAAAGAGUGCGUCCGGUCGCACCCAAAUAUCGGGAGAAGCUGUCAGAUCUCAUCAAAGGACUACUAGCAGCCAAAAUCGUUCAGCCAUCCACGUCACCUUGGGCGUCUCCGAUAGUGGUGAUCAUCAAGAUGAACAGAGUGGAUAUUCGCCUUUGCAUUGAUUAUCGAAGAGUGAACCAGCUGACGCGUCUGAUGGUUUAUCCCAUGCCGUUGAUCAGCGAUCUGUUGGAAGAACUGGAUAAAGCUCUAUGGUACUGUUCGCUAGACAUGGCUAGUGGAUUUUGGGUCGUCGAAAUGACCGAACGAGCAAAACUGAUCUCAGCGUUUGUCACACCGUUUGGCUUGUUCGAGUGGCUGCGAAUGCCUUUUGGGCUUAAGAACGCGCCCCAGAUCUAG